AUGUCCGACGAACAGAUCAUCCUCCCCAUCAUCGACUCCCAUAUCCACCUCUACCCUGCCUCCGAAGUCGACUCUCUCUCCUGGUACACCCCCGAAACCCCUCUCGCCGGCCAGCACUCUCUCGAAGAAUACCGCGAAGCUUCCUCUUCAGCUCCUUCCCUCCUUGGCUUUGUCUUCGUCGAGACAGACCGCAAGAACGAUGUCGAAGCUGGUGCUGCAGAUGGAUCUGGCUGGGAGGGUCCUCUAGCUGAGGUCUCGUGGCUCAAGCGUAUUGCGCUUGGCCAACCGCGCGAGGGCGAGGGACACAAAGCCGAGGACGCAAAGCUGUGUCUGGGUAUCGUACCUUGGGCGCCUGUAGUCAGUGGUCCCGAGGUGUUGGAGCGCUACCUUGAUCGCGUUAAGGAGGAAGCUGGCGAUGCUUGGCCAAAGAUCAAAGGUUUCCGCUAUCUGCUUCAGGACAAGCCUCACGGCACUAUGUUGGACGAGAAGUUCAUUGAGGGUGUGAAGUUGCUAGGCCGUCGUGGCUUUACCUUUGACGUUGGUGUUGAUCAGCACCGUCGAGGAAAGAAGCAGCUUGAGGAAGUCGUUGAGUUUGUCGAUCGUGUGCAUGAUGGUGUUCCUGACGAGGAGAAAGUCACAUUGAUUCUAAACCAUCUCUGCAAGCCAGACUUUAGCAUCAUCAAUGUCACAUCCGACCCAGGAUUCCACGCCUGGCGCACCGCCGUCUACACCCUCAGCAAGGAUCCCAAUGUCUAUAUGAAACUCUCAGGCGGAUUCUCCGAGAUGCCCGACUCCCUGCGAAAGCAAGACCCCAACCAUAUCUUCGAGGCCACUCUUGGCUGGCUCGGCAUCGUUCUUGCUACCUUUACCCCCAGCCGUAUCAUGUUUGGUAGCGACUGGCCCGUCUGCACUGUCAACAACGACAAUGCCUGGCCUAGAUGGCGCAAUGUUGUUGAGCGUAUGUGCUGGAUGGCAACGCUCGGUGAUGAGGAGCGCGCUAUGAUCUUUGGCGGUACCGCUAAGAAGGCUUACAAGCUCUAA